AUGACAGCAACGCUUACGAAGGAGGAGCAGCAAGACCUGGAGGAUCAACUGUUCGGCGCCGAGACGCCCGCGAGCAAUAGGCAGCACUGCGACGAUGUGGGCAGCGAGCGAUUUGAUGAUGGCCUCCUCGAAGAUGCAAAGCACAACACUUGCAUCAAAUGUAGCGUCCCCCUGCUCGUCGGCAACGAACCCAGCACGCCUGUCAACGCAAUUGGCCCUUCGGCCAAUGACCCGACCGUGUGCCAGCACUGCGCAGAGCUGAAGCAGUUGGUCUCCUCACCCUUGGAGGGCCCAUCGGGCGCGGUUCGUGUCCCAGCCGACAGCGACAAGGAGUGGCCAGAAGUCGUGGACUGCUACAGGGUGCUUCGCAAUGUGUCUGCGGACGGCGUUUCGACGGUGCCCUUGGAAGAGCUGGCCAUCCAAUGGGCUGACGUUGCCAGCAAGAAGUUGGUGGGCAGCAGUGGCGAGAUCGAAGUUCCAGGCUGCCAACCAGAGCACCCUGGCCACGCUGCUUCGGCGACUCCAGCAUCAGAGCCUACACGAGCUGAAGAACUACAUGGAAGUGGCCUUGCAAACGGUAGCGGUGUCAAACAGGAGCUCGAGACGCCCCCUCCCGAGCCGAGUCCAGUCAUGGAGACUGGCGGUCGUUCUCGCUUGGUGCGGGCGAAGGGCAUGCCGACCAAAGACACCGAGUCGACCGUGGCGGAGUUGGGCAACGCCCAGCCUGAGCCAGGCGACGAGUCUGACGAUGAUAGCACCAAGCUGGUCGUCAACAAGUUCUCUGUCGAGGAGCGUUUGCCGAAGGGCCAGCUCUUCAUCAGUGUCGGGCGGAUCCGUGCGACUAUCAACUCGUACGUGCAGACGGUGCAAGCAUUGGAACGUCGCCCGAACCAGCACAAAGCCGAGAUCGAGCAGCAAGCCAACGUGGACAUCAAAGUUGCAUUAUCCCAGCUUUCUGUGCGUGUGAGCUCGUUGAUUCAAACCUUCAAGCUCUUCAAAACGUGGUUUGACGAGAACGCAGAUACUGCCCUGGUUCCGAUCCUGGAGAAGAUGUCGAAACUCAGCCCGUACAUGGAGCAUGAGUGGUUACCGUUCGCAGCCGACUUGCAGAUCAUCAUGAUGUACGCUACGUUCUACAAGAGCCUUGGGGCUGGUAAGAAUAUCUACGAUGCGAUGGAGGAGUUCGACUUCGACCACCUCGUCGAGUGCUACGAUGCGGUGUCCAAGAACGGUGAUAAGUUGACGGGGGCGGUCGAGGGCAGGACGGUCGCCGUCAAGGACGACGAUGGGGCCGACGAUGGUGCUGAGACGCGCGCUGCAAAACCAACAGCUGCAAAGAAACGCGAGAUCUCUGUGCUGUCGAGGGAUUUGAUAUCUAGACGUGUAUGUGUUAGUCCACUCGCGCAGUUAGGGAAGUUGGUGAGCGACUCCCUUGCGCAAUACAUCUUCAAUGUGGACUCCGAAGGCGUGAAGAAGAUGGAUCGCCAGGUCGUGACUGGAACCGUGGAGGCUGUGACCAAGAUCCUCGAGGUUUGGAAGGUCAAGGUUGGCACGAACAUUGCAGAGGACAGCUUCCGAGUUCUUCUCGACGCAGUCGUCUGCAUUGCGAGGUGCGCGAUGAAGGGCGAGCGGGAGAGGCCCAGCGUCAGCGCGGCGAGGUGGGCCAGGAAGGUCGUGAUCACGAUGGCGAAGGAGGAGUCCCCAGGGGCGGAGCUGGCGAAGGCGCUGGUGGCCCAUCGUGCUGGCGAAGAGUUCAUGGCGUUCGCCCUCGGCCAUGCCGAGGCUGGCCUCGAGGGCGAAGCUGCCUCGAAAGGCUACGACGCCAGCCUCGAGAUAUUUGAGAACGACCUCGAGCCGAUCUUCGACGGCGCCGUCUCCUUCUUGCGCUCAGGCAAUAACGGCAAGGCCGUCACGGUCGAGUCGUUCACGCCGUUCUUGGAGAGCUGCAAGACGAUGGCCAUCGCUUGCCAGCAAGCCCUCCAGCGCUGGUCGCCGAGCGCGAUGGAGACGCACAUGGAGAGCGUGGCGAACGCGAUAUCCAGCAUGUACAUGCUACUGCGCACGGGGAAUUUCGUGUACACUGACACUGUGAAAGGAUGGGUCGGCGACCUCCUGAUGAAUGCCGUCGAGGCCUCCAACGCGGACGUCGUGUCUACCGGAGAGCAGGGGGCCCGCGCCGAGGUCCAAGGCCAGUCGGCCAAGACAGACGGUGCGAAUCCCGAGGCCAUGGCGAUUUUCGCAUCGAAGGACCACCUCUGUGCGUACGUCCGCGAGAUCGACACCAAAGUGCGUGCCAUGAGGCCGCGCUUGAAGGCGUUCGUCGACUGCGUGCUGCAACUCGCGCUGAACGUCCAGAAGCUUUACCGUGUCGCUGCGUCCAGGGUGGGCCCCACGUGGCAUGAGAAGUUCGACAAGGAAUCGUCGGCCGAGUCUGCACUGAAGAAUUUCAACCACAACGUUUCGGUCAUUGACAAGGUGGUUUCAUACCUGCAGGACCUCUACAUGCUCGCUGAUCCAGACUGGUGGUUGGACGGCGAGAGGGUCUCGGAGAGCGCACCGAAGGCCGACGAGAAUACACUUUGCACUUUCAGUAGGAUCCAUCAUGAGCAUACUUGUAUCAAACCGUUCUUCCUGAAAGGCGCUGCGGUAAUCCAGCUGCCCGACAACGGCGAUGAUGUGGCAAAGAUAUUCGGGCAGUUCUGCAAUCACGUCGGGCAGCGCAUGUACGACUUGAAGACCACUGCAUUUUUGAAGACUAAGAUGGAAAACAUUUGUGAGACCGAGGUGCGCUUGGGCAUCGUUCACGGCGACGUUAUGAAGGACUGCGAGGCUGCCCGUGCGUACUCCCACCUCGUGCCCAAAGCUGAUUCCAAGGGCAUCGUGGCGGUCGCGUCGAUCGACUUCGCGAAGGGCCGAGGCGACCUCGCGACGUUGUCUUCGCUGCACCACAACAUGGCCUACGACCACCUGGCUAGGUUCACCAAGUCAGUCGUCCUUACGCACUUGGAGGUGCCAGGCAUGACAAACGCCGAUCCGAACAUCAACCAGCCCUCUGUCGAAGACGCCAUGUUCAUCUUGAGCCUCAAGUGCGCAGUCGCCGACGUGGUUGCAACGGUGGCCGCCGCAGACGCGCACAUCAUCGAGAAGGGAUCCAGCGGGAACAACAUGUUCAACAAGACCUUCAUCUGCUCGGAUGCCACGUACACCAUGCAAGUCCCACGUGGGGCUUUGACGAAGCUGGACGCCAUCAUCAACGACCGCGUCGCCGUGGACUUCGAGAAGAAGGGCUGGCAACUUGGCGAGCCCAUCGCUACGAUCCGCGGCUGGUGCUUGCUUGCAGGUGCUUUCGGCAAAAAGUGCGAGGAGAUCAUCCUCAAGGCGAUGGCCGCAAUCCUGACCAAGCAUACCGAAGCCACUGCCAAAGCCACGCCUACCUGGUCAGCAUGCAUCUCCGACGACAACUUCAACGAGGCCAUGGCCACUCAGAUGCUCAAGAACAAGUUGCAGCCACUGGUCUCCAGCCACAACUCCUUACGCGAGACCUUGAAGGACUUCGCCGACGCAGCUGGCUUGAUUGCCAUCAGCCCGCGCGUCCAAGAUAACGGUAUUACUUGUGAGGCUGUCGCCGUGGCCCAGACGACAAUGAGGAAGGCCACGGAGGCAAGCGCGAUCAUUCAGGGUGUGGAGUUGCUGUUUAUAUUUCGCCACCGCCCCGAUGGCCCAGACAAGGCCAAGGCCUUCCUGGCCGAGCGGAAGACUCAGCCUGGCAGCGAGUCGACCGGCAGCGCUUGUGGGAAGGUCAGAGCGUCCAGCGUCCAGCCGUCGCAGGGUUUCAAGCGCGCCAAGCGCAAUUGA